GUUAUAUACGAGGUUUGGGAUUAGUACUCAGAGUUCAGAAUUGGAAUUUGCACUUUUGCAUUACGAGGAGAGGACAUCGAUCCGUUGCCAUCUUCCCACAGUGUACGAGGAGACACAGCUGACACUGUGACAGCCUUGCCUUGUUGCCUUUUUCAUCUUAUCUAAUCUUCAUUCUCCCGGACGAGGCUCGCGGCCGAUCUGUUUGCCUUGAUCUGCGCCCCCAACACUCCUCUACUCUGCUCCCCGACAAACCGCCUACAUUCAUCAACAAUGGCUAUCACGAUGUAGCCCCGACAUUCUGGAUAAUCUGGAUAUGUCCCAGCCCCGUCAAGUCCCAACGCACUCAUCGUCGCCCUCGAAAUCCUCCUUGCGGCGUACCAGCGGCGGCCCCCAGGCACCACGCAGCCUCCUUCCCUCUCCGCGUUUCGACGACCCCAUUGUGGCUUCACACCAGUCCCCCCGCCAGCCUCAGCCCAUCGAGUACUCCGAGCACGCUCUCGUCGGAGGCGACGACGAUGAGCCAGGGCGGUAUGGCACCGUCCAUCAGGAAGAAGAACCCGAGGAGACGAACGUUGCCGCAGUCCCUUCCUUUCAGCCCUUCUUCACCCUGAUCGAGGACAGCGUGACCAACGAGCACCACCAUCCCACGGUCCACUACAUCUUCGCCGACGAUGACUCGGACAUCAUCACCGAAGCGGCCUGUCGGAGCCUACAGAUUCUCGAUCCGGCCCAGCGUACCGCGGGCGGCGGCCCCCAACACCAAGAACACGAAGAUCCGAGGCUCCCACCGCCGAUCGCAGGGGUCCGCGAGCAAUACUUGGUGCUCGACGUGCACCCUCGCUUCCAGUCACAGGGGCAAGACAACUCGGGCUCCGCGGGCGCGGCGGCUCCCUCGUACGAAGUCACCGCGGCCCAAAGCUUCAGUGCGGAUUGGCAGGUCCUGCGAUCGUGCAUCACCACGGCUCCGACCAUUGGAGGAGAAGGAGACGAUGACGCGCUGAUGUUACGCAUAGAAGGGCGAGGAAAUACACCUGGCGAUCGCAAUAACCCUGCGACCGCCGCCGAAAACAAGGAGAGCAUGGAAGAGAUGAUCGAGCGGUUCCAGCGUCGCCUGGAUGAUAUCAAGCAGGUCAUGGAAGCGACAUCCCCGGGAGAAGGUCAAGUGGAAGGAACAGCACCAGGUAGUGGCGUGGACGAAUAGGGUUCGUUCAUGUCAAGACGAGUUAUCAUGCCCUUUGACGAACCGCAUAUGCAAUCAUAUAUAUACCCCCCGAUAUUUGUUAUGGAGGAGAGGACGGUUGGUGGAGGUGGUCAUCCCAGGAAACCACGGCGAAUAACUCUCUAGCAACACCUAACAAACUUACGAGACGCAGUCAUAAUAAUGUCAAGAACUUUUUCGCAUCACCAUUUCCCUCCUCGGAUUGGUCCAGAUUAUGCCUGUUUCUCUUCAACCUGACCCAUCUUCCCGACGUCUUUGUUGCCGUCAACAGCCUUUUUCACUGGAGGUGGCGGUGCGUGGAACAACCUCUUGCCACCAGUCACUAGAUCUCUCAAGGUCGCAGCGCCGACCAGCAUCCACAAGAGGCACACGCAAACCGACGUGAUCUGUGUUCCGUGUCAGCCUGUCCCUCCCCAAGAUUGAAACCUGGUAAUGAAUGGCCCCUUACCGCGCCAAUGACCCUGAAGAAUCUCGACGGCACUUCCACGGCCAGUGCAUCACUCGACAGAGCAAACGUGCCGAUGGGGAAAGUGAAUCUUUGUCUCAAUUGUCAGCCCCUCGUCCGUUCCUGAUAUAGACUUGCUCGCGGCCUCUCUUCUCGGCCCCCUUCCGAUCCACCACUCACAAAGAAGCAGAAGAAGAAAAAAAGCCAACGGAUGAAUAUAGCACGUCUGACUUACCCCCACCAGCCCAUGUUGAACGGAAACCGACCACAAUUCCAAAUGCUCGCGACCGCGAGGAACAGCCAAAGCAAGGUGAACCCCCAGAAGAUCAAGCAGACAAACACCCCCAAGUUGUACGCCAGGUCGCCGGCGAGGGGAUGGAUGGUGUCGGUCCGCGGGAAUAUGAUUCGGGCGACCGCGCCCAACUUCGUGAUUGAGAGCCCUCCCAUGCCGAGUGGGCCGAUGGGCAUGAAGCACGAGACGAUGACCUCUCUGGGUGGAAGUUUGUGGAUGGUCAACCGCUGGAAAUAAAUCACCAUGACGAAGAGGGCCGUCGGCACACCCAGACCCCAGAGGACGUACCCCGCGAGGACCGUGACGAGGGCCUGGUGCGGGUGGGGGAUGACGCUGGCCACGACGGCCGCCGACGCCGAUGCAACGACGCACGCGAUGAUCGGGAACAGCUGGAGGGCCGUGUAUGAACUGAGGGGUGUCUCGUUGUGGCGAGAAGCGACCACCACGAAAGGCAGGUACAACGCCAAAAGGAGGGAUAUAGUGGCGUCGGCGAUCCAUAGUCUUUUGUUUUAGGGUGUGGAAGUGUUAGUAACUGUUGG